AAACCCAAAAAAAACCCACCCAACAUUCUGCAAUUAAUACCCUCCAGAUUUUCUGAAAUCCCCAAAUUUCAAUUUAAGUUUGUUCUUCGCAUUCAAAUCAAUAGAAAUCGAUUUUCCUCUGUUGAUUUCUUUGAUUGCGAUGGCGGUUUCUGAUGUGGUGGUUCGCAAUUUGAUGAUGCUCUACUUGGCGGUAAUAGCAGCGAUCAAAGCAUACGGCCAGCUGAGUGGGCGGAGCUACGGCGGAGCAUCGGUGUUGAUUCUAUCCACGGCGGCAGUUGGAGUUUUGUUGCUCGGAGCUUUGACGUGGGAUGUAUCUCGUAAAGCUGCGACUUACACGGUGGUGACACGUGACGGCGAUGAGGCGGAGCAUGAGAUGUGUCGAGGAGGAAUCUGUUGGCACGGCGUCGCCGUCAAGUCGCCGGCGUCUCAGCUCCGGUUCCGGCUUCCACAACGUCAACACAUCAACAAUGGCCAAUGAAAAACAGAGGACCAAAUCCAAUUGACCAAAUAAUGUAAUAUAAACAGUUAUAAUCGAUCGAUUUGAGUAUAAAUUUUCAACUUCCUGAUUUCGGCUUGCAAUUAUAUGUAUAAAAAAAAAAUAAAAAUUUUUGUAUAAAUUUUUGAGGUAGUUAUUGGUAUUUUAUAUUUUACCAAUAUAA